GAGGGGACGGAAAAUUGUCAAACGACAUGAUAGGAACAUUGUUUGACAUUGUUGAAAAUCAAGUAAAUACUCAUAGCUAAAGUCUGUAAAGUGCCUUUGAAGUUUGGUGUAGACGCAAUGUAGUAUGGGUGUAAGACGUCUUAUCUGUUUCCGGAGACGAAGAUGGUCAAGGUACUUAUGCCUGCUUGUUUUUGCCACAGUUAUCUAUUUCAUCUUCCAGGGAACUUACUUGAGGGCACUCAACAAUAACAGCACAGAUAAAUUAGAAAUUGAUGGAGGAGAUAGCAUUAAAGUCAAGCAUGAAAAAUCACUUACUAUCUUGGGAGUUCGAUCAGAUGACCUAUUACACUACGUACCAGACAAGGAUGGAAUGUUCCAUUGUAUUGAUGGAUCAGCUAAGGUUCCUAUGAGGGCUGUCAAUGAUGAGUACUGUGAUUGUCCAUUGGAUGGAUCAGAUGAACCUGGUACAGAUGCUUGCCCGCAUGCAAGGUUUUACUGUGAGCACAACAGCAAAUUCUUGCCGUCUGGUAAGGUGAAUGAUGGUAUAUGCGAUUGCUGUGAUGGAAGUGAUGAGUGGAAAAUUGGCCUCGCAUCAGUAAAGGUCAAAGGUUUUCCUUUGAGUGAUGUCAUUCAACAUGCACCAUGUGUGGAUACAUGCAGCAAACUAGUAGACAGGGAGAGAGAAGAUCAGAGAGUACGUCAGAUAGGGUUACGUUUAAAACAACAGUAUAUAGCUAGAGCACAGGGUCAUUUGUCUAAAAAUUCACAGGAUAUUUAUGGCAAGCAGGGAGAAUUUUACCAACUGAGCAAAGAGUGUUUUGAUCAUGCUGAUUAUGCAGCAUCCUACCAUAUCUGCCCCUUCAACAAAGUAGAACAGACACAGAAUGGUCACAUGUUCAAGUUAGGCAGCAAAGGACAGUGGGAUACCAGUCGGGUUGACAAGCUGGUCUUGGUCAUGAUGGGUGGAGACAGGAGAGGUUGUCCAGGUGAUGGUCGCAGGACAGAGAUUGAAUUCUCAUGUGGUCUGAGUAACUCUAUUACGAAGCUUUUUGAAGAGGAAAAGUGUGUUUACACUGUUCACUUUCUGACCCCUGCUGCUUGCUGACGAAUGAUGUAAUUAUACAAAUGAAAUGAAUUUGCCAAAGUCAUUCCACAUAUUGUUAUCAAACAAUUGAAUUUAAUUACCUUAAUAUGAAUUACAUCAGUGAGGGCCCUAGUAGGGAUUGGAGGUAUAAGGUACCUUUGAGAUAGUUCUUGCUGGCCUAAGGCAUGACCAAGAAUAGUUUAAUUAUAUCAAAGGUACUGACUGGGUAAUUGUACCACUGCCCUAGUGAAAUGAUGCCUACUAUUUGUUUUAUAAGAUCAUGGUAGACUCCUUAUUUGAUAAACAACUUAUAUCUCAAAACUAUGAAUGUUCAUGAUAAUCAGCUUAUGACUGCUUAUAUCUGGUUGUCUGUGAAAGUAUGUAUCUAGCAUAGUAAUUGUCCUCAUAUUUCUGCUCUCACCUUAAAUGAGUAGGAUAUAUUCUCAUAGAAAGGUUACAAACGAGAGGUAGACUGAACAAGUUUUAGCUUCAGCUUUUCAAUAUUAAAAGAUGAUUUAAGUCCUUUUCCCAAAAAAAAAUAAUUCUAAGAAUUGUAGUAACAACAAAUUUUUGUGUUAUUAGUAUUGAAAUACAUAUUAGUGAUGAAAAUUUCUAUUCAAUAGUAUCACUUAUUUUCAAGGGGGGGGGGGUGAGGGCUUUGUUCAUUAAUAUUUUUAAACUCAUAAGCAUCCCUUCUUAAAUUACUUCUAAUACUACUCCUGCUGCUAUGACUGCCACAAGUGUCGCUGCUAUUUCAUCAACUAUGCAUACUUCAAAUACAAAUAUACUACCAUGUGUUAAAUAGCCCCCUGAUGUUUUUUUAUAGUGAUUUUAUUCAAUUUUAAACAAUGUGCCUUAUUGUUGUCUUGAGGAAUGUGUUAAUAGCUCCUUUGAAUUUUACAUUUCUAAUGCCAGUUGAAAUCAGUAUAUUUUUCAAAGAUAUGUUAAACAAGGGACAUGGUCAAUUCGAAAUUCAAAAUUAAGUGAUGUAAAUUUGAAGAUGUGAAUGGUACAGGAAUGAAAAAUUUUCAAUUAAUUUGAGACUAUUCACUUUAGUCAGUAACUUCAUUCUAUGGGACUUUGAAUUAAUUGAGCAGCCCUUCAGAUUGAUUCGAAUUCUGAAAAAUGAAAUGCCAUAAUUGUAUAAAUUGCAUUUUUGUAUUUUAAGAUUUUCCCAGGAUUAACACAUUCAGUUUUUGUUCAACUGAUUUUUUAAAAAAAUCAUAGGUCAAAUUAUGAAAAUUAUCAGAAUCUCAUGAAAUAAUAAGACCAUGAUUUGUUACAGCUAAUGUUAUUCAAUCAUGCAAAAAAUAAAAAUAUACCCAUUAUUGUUUGGUAUGAAUCCAAAUGCAUUGAAAUCAAGAACAUAGCUUAUUCUUAUUUCCAACCAUUUUCAAUUAUCACAUUUGAUAGUCUAUAUCCAUGGUAAUGAAAUAUAAAACAGGUGCUUUAAAUAGAACUAGCAACGAUCAAUUUGAAGGAACUUCAACAGUCAAGUUUAGCUUUGUGAUUUUGUUACCUAUAUUGCAAAUUUAAAGAGUCUUCAAAAGACUUGCCUGAAUGAAAUGUAUUUUUGGUUAAAUACCAUUUUCUAUAUGAGCCCUUCAAUCUAAAUGUAUAUCUCCAAAACUAUGCAUGUGUGUUUGUUAAAAGAGUUGCUUCUUACACUAUACCCCAAGGUGAAUACCGGUAGUCAUUCAUGGAAUAUGUAUAGCAUUCAAAAUAUUUUCAUGAAAUUAUUGAUACAUUACAAUUUUUCAGUAUUACUGUGGAAACCUUGCCAGUAUUGCCAUGAUCAAUUUAAGUUUUCAUCAGAUGGAAAAUGUGUAGAAAUCUGUGUAUGUAAUACUGAUAGUAUAUUGUUAAAUAUUUAUGAAAAAGCAAUAAAUAAGGAGCUUCUUGAAUAGUAUGAAGUUUUUCUGUACUAUUCCAGUCAUUGAACAUAUCUUAAUAACAAUGACAAGAUCUCAUGUAAAAUUUCUGGUGUUUUUAGUUAUAAGCAAUAGCAAAUUUAGGUAAAAUAGUAAUACAAGAUAAAAGAGCCUCUCCUAAAGCCUUUGAUUUUGAUGAUUGCAAAAUGUAAACUAAUCGAAUUCACUAAGGGUAUGUACAUCUAAGAAAAUCACUCAUUUAAUAUCUAUCAAUAAUAAUAAUAUCAUGUUUUACCCAGGGAAGCCACCUCAGUUCUGAAAAACUGAUUUGGGUAAAUCGAAAGAUAUGUAUUAUUUUGUAUCAAAAUAUGUGAAUUCUUUGUUGUGGAUCACUUGUUAUUGUGGAUCAUGCAAAGCAAUUAAAUGUUGUUAUUCAGUGAAACUCCUAUGAAUACUAAUUUCUUUGAAUUGAUGUAAGCUGUAAAUAUUUCACCUAAAUAUUUUUUCGCAGUUAUAUGUAUAUUUUUGAUUGUUGGAUAUAUUCUGUACUAAAAUCUCUGAAAUAAAAUUUAUAGAUUUUGAG